AUGUCGCUACAGAUUGCUGUAGCUCAUACGGGCCAGCGCUUCGACGCUGAUCCCGUUGCCUUCAGCUCCGUCGAUGCACUCAAACACUGGAUCGCGAGAGCUACCGAGAUCCCGCCCGAAAGCCAGAUUCUCCUGACGACCCAUGGAAAGCAUGUCAAACUACAGGCGUUGUUGACGGAGAAAGACAUCUUCGUCUAUAGUCGCGAGCUGUCCAACAACCCACAGGCAGCCAUAUCGUCUACUCCCCUCCCAGAAGCCUUUACCCCCGACGACCCACCGAACACGCUCUCUAAUAAUACCGACCUGCGAGCAUGGCAAGCCCUUUUCCAAGCCCGUCGCGACUGGGCGUUCGACCUCCUCGAGAGGUCCCACUCCAUGUCCCGGAUAGCCUCGAAACACUUCGCAGAACAAGCGACAAUAGAGAAGGGCACACAAGUUGCCGUGGGCAACCAUGACUCGCAUAUUCGAGGACUGGAGCAGAAGUACCAGGCAGCGAAAGAGUGGUUUGAUGGCGUCGAAAAGGAGGCGGGAGAUAACUUACGGAGACUCGACGCUGAUUUUGGGCAGCUGGGCUCUGUACCGGCCAAAGCCGGAUUUGCCCAGUUUCUAGCAAAGGAAAUGAGGUCUGGACAAACAACACAGAGUGCUCGGAAAGCUUCUCCAAGUCGGACUGCGUCACUUCAAGAAUUUCUCGAUGUCGAGGCUGUCAAAAAGGCUACUGGGACAAGCAAACGCGUGAGGGAGUCUUUUGGAAAGCGCAUGAGUGGGAUGAGUACACAGUUGGAGAAGAUUGGCGCCGACUACAAUGAACUACUGAGUGCCGUUGGGCAGAGCCAGAGUCGAUCGCUAGUAGAUGACACCGAAGAACCCCUCCGCCUUUACAACGAGAUCGAUGCCGUCGCGAAAAAGGUUGAAUCUGAUUUUGAGCAUGUUAUGGGCCUCGAGGCAAGUUCGAAGUCGGUUGCCCAAGUCUCAAAGAUGGCUCUGCUACAUACACGGAACUUCUUACCAGCCAUUCACGAAUACAGUGUGGAAAUGAGCGAUCUUGUGCGCAGGGCUGUGGAACAGAAGAACCUUGCCAUCAGAAACGCUGUGGAGAGCAUGCAAGGGAUCGCAACCAUUGAAUCUGUCAUCUCAAGUCUCAAUGCCGAGCUUGAGCAGAUCAGCAUCCCCCAAGAAGGAGUGGCUGCUUUUGAGUUGAUUUCCCUUGUCGGCCGACUGCCUUAUGUAUACGGGACUUUGCUGGUCGAAGCUGUGCGAAGGCGCGAGUGGACAGAGAGGAUAGAGAAGGAUACGUCCUCACUGGCUGAAGAGAUGGCAACGUUCCAGGAGGAAGAAGAGCGCCGACGCAAGAGAUGGCUAAAGCCGAUCGCAGACGUCAUAAACCUUGAUGCUGUACAAGGUGGCUUGCUGGGAUUCGAGAUGAAUGUGCAGCCGGAGAAGAACAUCUGGCCCCAAGUUGCACGCGAAGAUCUCCAGGACUACCUUCGAGUCCUGCAAGGUCUAGAGGGACAGAACUCAGAAGCAGAAGCACUCAGCCAGGCCAUCAAGGACCUGGAUCGACCUACAAAGCAGCAGAUCAAGCGCGCGAAAAACUUCAAGAUGGGCAGUGUCCAUGAGCCGGCGUUUGGUAAAGGUUCGCAACUCGUGGUUCGAGGUGAUGAUGAGCUACGGGUGCUCAAGGAAGCUAAUUCAAAACUUGAGGACGAGCUCAAAGGGUCCAAAAGCCGAGUACGAAGACUGGAAGACCUGCUGCAUCGCCAAACUCAUGUCAGCAGGCUCUCGAUAGGAGGUGCCCCACCAUCCUUUGGACUGCAAAGCCCUGGCGAUCCAUCAACUCCCACAGUCGAAGCACCUUCUCCUAAGCCGUACGAUGAGCUCUCGCGGCGAUCCUCAGUGUCCUCGCGACGAUUUUCUACGAACCAAGGACAGGAUGACAAGCGCCGUAUUGUUCGACUCGAGCAGGAACUCGUAGCUGAGAAAGAAGCCCGUGCUAAUCUCGAGAAAGAAGCACAGGCCCGGAAAGAUGAAGACACAGAGCAGCAACGUCGAUUUGAAGAGGCCAUGUCGACCAAGAACAAUAUCAUGGAGAACAUGAAAGCUCAGCAGCGGGAGUUCGCCGAUGAGCGCCGAUCUCUCGAAGACGAGAUACAAGCGUACAAGGGCAAGGUUGAGGAAGCUGAAGAUGAGCUAGAUCGCGUGCUUGGAAGCCGAGACAAUGAGCGAACCGGUGUCGACACUAGGUUACAGGAGCUUGUAUCUGAGCUUGAAAAGGCACGCGAGAAAGCCACCGUGCAAAGCAGCCAGGCUAACGAGCGGAUCGCGGCACUACAAUCCGACCUUGACGGUGCGAGGGCAGUACAGACAAAACAGCUUGACUCUCUCACUACAGCUUUCACUCACCUUUCUCCUGGUACAGACGUACCUAGCGACCAUUCUAUCUUGGUUGCUCAACUUGAAGAUCUGGCUGCACGGUCGUUCAAUCAUCAGAAGGACUUGGAGCAAGCGGUUGCGAUUGCAAAGUCGGAGAACAAGAAUACACAUGCAAGAGCUGAGCAGCGCGAGAAAGAACUCGAAGUCCAGCUUUCUAAUCAUGAAAAGGAAGUUGCGUCCGCUCACGAACAGCUCGAAGUAGAGAAGGCCAAAGUUGCAUCAAUUACAGCUGAGCUGGAAGAGGAACGUGGGCACCUACACGAUCUCCGCACCAAGUUUGCUGAGGGCGAGACCGGCUCGGAAGCUCUCCGAAGACGAGUGGAUGAAGAGGAGGCCAAGGUGGGACGCUUGCAGGUCGACUUGGCAGAGAAGAGUUCGCAUGCCAACAGUCUCGAUGUAGAGAUUAUGCGUCUUGAGAAAAAGGUUCGUAAGUAUGAGGAGUUCGAUUCUUCUCGUACACACCAGCGCGUCCUUCGUGCGAAGGAGCUCAGCCAGCGCCUCUAUGAGCAGCAUGAGCGUCUCAUCCGACUGCUUGAAGCGCUUGGGUUCGUCAUCACCCAUGAGGACGGCGAGAUGGUCCUUCAGCGCGCUUCGAAGCUUGGCAAUAGUACUAUCAUGUCAGAUACAAAUGCCGGGCUGAGUCGCAGCACAACAACGCCAUCGCCUACACCUAUGAAACGCUUUCUGGAGGAUAUUGGAGACCUCUCUUUUCUGCAAUGGACCGAAUCGACGAGUCCUACAGAGGAAGACCAGCGGUAUAAAGAGCUCACGGACAAGCUUGACUUGUUCAACCUCGAAACGUUCAGCGAUGCAGUUGCGAAGCGUAUGCGAGACAUGGAGCACACCGCGCGGAAGUGGCAGAAAGAAGCUCGUGCUUAUCGAGAUAAAUCGCAUCGCUUCCAGGCUGAAGCACAUGAGAAGAUCGCGUAUCGUUCGUUCAAAGAAGGCGAUCUUGCGCUCUUCUUGCCAACACGUAACAAUGCGCAUCGUCCUUGGGCUGCUUUCAAUGUUGGCGCACCGCACUUCUUCCUUCGAGAACAGGAUUCACAUAGACUACUUGGAAAGGAGUGGCUUGUUGCACGUAUUUCCAAGGUCGAAGAGCGAGUUGUCGACCUAUCCAAGACACUAGAUGGCGCGCCACGAGCUUCAAUAGAUGGGCACUCCAUUGCCUCCAGCAAUGCAGUGUCAUUCGAAGAUGACAACCCCUUUGAGCUCUCUGACGGCUUGCGGUGGUACUUGCUCGAUGCGACUGAAGAGAAAGCAAUGGCACCCGGGACACCCGGCAUCAAGGGCGCAGUCACCGUCAAGAGCAGUAUGGAGAUUGGGCAAGGUCAGAUGCAACUUGCCAAAAAGAAGUCAGCAAUGGACCCAGCAACACAACUCGGCAAGUCACUUGACAGUCGCCGCAGCAGCGGUACAAGCAAGAAGAGUGUACCCGUAGUCGGCGGUCGUCCAUCAGCUGAAGCUCUAUCUCCAGGCGAGCACCCAGAUCCGAAUUCAAACUCCAAUGCCGCGACAAGAGGAGCUAGCCCCGCAGGAACUCAUGGACCAAGCCAUCUGAGGGAGACUGAAACUAGUGGGAACGGCUCCGGUACUGAUAGGCUAGUAGAGGAUCCUAAUGGAGACAAUGUGCGCAAGGACUUGCUCUGGGGACCUUAG